GUUUGCUUUAUCAUGUAAUGUAGUGAAAAUCUUCACCUUUAUGACUGUAUUAUACUGCCCCCCGGAAGCAGUAUAAUCACAUCUACAGAGUAAUACGUUCACGUCAACGAUGAGACCAGUCUCCAUCUUGGACGAGGCAAGUACGUCAAAUUAUUCGAAACACCUCUCAUGCUGAUGUACGAUGUGACAAUCCUGCUGAAUAUAACAAUCUUAUUCCAAAAAUGAGUAUUCAUAUUUUCACAAAGUACAGUAGUUCAAUAAUUGGGUGUCAGCAAAUAGUGCGUGCAGGUCAGUGUACCUAAUGAAUUGUCCGGCGAGCUGCGGCUUCUCUGAGUGGCCACUGGGGGUCCCCAGGCUUUAUUUUGGGAAAAGCGCACACAGACAAACACGCACACACACACACGCAGUGUUGACGCAGCUCCAUUCAUCUGCUCGAGAAAGGGCAGCAGACGGUUCAAACUUAUUUGAGUGUAACAUUUGUGUCACUUUUCCACUCUUUUGUGUGCGUUUGCCCGUUCGCAUUCUCACACCAUUUCUUUGUGCGUGCGUGCGUGAGCGUGCGUGCGCGUGCGUGAGGGCUACAGCUGAGAGCAUGCACGGCGACGACGAGCGGCACCGAGAUUCAACAACGACGGCAACAAAAUGGACCGGUCGGCACCGAUUACUCCAGCGAUGCACUUUGUCUUCACUGCUGCUGCUGCUUUUGCUCGGCGUGGACGUGACGUGGAGCGCCACGGCGCCGCUGGACGCCAAUGACUUUGCCUUCUUCCACGAGGGCACCCGAGGGUGCCUGGGGGUGCGGGAGAGCUCCCUGGUGCUGUCCACGUCCUGCCGGGAGGCCGGCCAGCGUUGGAAGUGGGUGACCCGCGGUCGCCUCUUCAACCUGGGCUCCUCGCUGUGCCUGGGCGUGACCGCCGGCAACGAAACCGCCUCCGCCAGCUCCGGGCCGGGACGCACCCCUCUGAGCGUGUACACGUGCGACCGCCAGCCCUCUAAGGUGCGCUGGACGUGGAGCUGCGGUCAAGUGCUGGAGGACCUCAGAAACUACCUGCCCUGGCCCUCAUUCUCCAACGCGUCCGCGCCCUCCACGCCCUCCACAUCCAGUUCCAAAUGGAGCGUGCAUGGCGAAAAACAAGACCUGUGCGCCAAAACGUAUCGUGACAUCUACACGAUCCAAGGCAACUCGAACGGGCGCCCAUGCUACCUGCCUUUCCUUUACGACGGCCAGUGGUUUCAUAACUGCACCAGCAUCGGGCGCGAGGACGGCCACCUGUGGUGCGCCACCACCUACGACUACGCCCAAGACGAGCGCUGGGGCUUCUGUCCCGUCAACAGUGGCGGCUGUGAGACCUUCUGGGACACGGACCCACUCACGGACAGUUGCUACCAGUUCAACUUCCAGGCCUCGCUGUCGUGGAGGGAGGCCCGCGUCAGUUGCCAACAGCAAGGAGCCGACCUGCUCAGCGUCACCAAGCUGCACGAGCAGACCUACAUCAACGGCCUGUUGACCGGCUACAGCGCCGCCUUGUGGAUCGGCCUCAACGACCUGGACAUCAACGGCGGCUGGCAGUGGGCCGACUCAUCGCCACUUAAUUACCUCAACUGGGAGCAAGAGCAACCCAAUCACGAAGACGAGGAUAACUGCGUCGUGAUCAGGACCGAGUCGUCGGGUCGUUGGCAAAACCGCGCUUGUUCCGACGCUCUUCCUUACGUCUGCAAGAAAAGGCCCAACGCCACUCUGGAUCCUUUUACUACCGACUCGUGGGCGGACGAUGAGAAGUACGAGUGUGAAGUGGGCUGGCAGGCCUUCCAGGCGGGCUGCUACAAGCUGGUGCCGGAAAAAGGCGACUGGGACGCGGGGCUGAAGACGUGCCAGAAGAUGGACGCCAACCUGGUCAGCAUUCACACGCUGCCUGAGAUGGAGUUCAUCCUGCGCAACAUCAAGAAAGACACGGAGCAGCUGUGGCUCGGCCUCCACGACAUCGCCAUGCAGAUGGACUUCCACUGGAGCGACCACACGCCCGUCACCUUCACCUACUGGCACCCCUUCGAGCCCAACAACUUUCGCAACACUCAGGAAGACUGCGUGUCCAUGUGGGGAGCCGAGGGCCGCUGGGAUGACAGCCCGUGUAACCUGACUCUGCCCGCCAUCUGCAAAAAGGCCGCGACCAAGAGCGAAGGCAAACCUCAACAUCAAGACUGCAAACAGGGCUGGAAGUGGCACAGUCCAUCCUGCUACUGGGUGUCGGAGGAUCUGUUGACGUUCAGUGAGGCCAGGAAGUCGUGCGAGGAGAAUAAGGCGUCGCUCCUCACCAUUACCAACAGGUUUGAGCAGGCCUUCGCCAGCAAUCUGGUGUUCGGUCGUUCCGAUGAUUCCUUCUGGAUCGGCCUCCACGACCAGGGCAGCCCCGGCUCGUUCCACUGGCAGAGCGGGGACCGAGUAUCCUACACGAACUGGAACCGAGACCAGCCAGUCAGCGUACAAGGAGGCUGUGUCUCCAUGGCGACCGGCUUGGCAACCGGCCUGUGGGAGGUGAGGGAGUGCGCAUCGUGGAAGGCCAAAUACAUCUGCCGGCAGAACCAGGAUGCCACCCUGAGCCCCGAGCCCUCCUUGCCCGCCCCUCAGCCCACACCCAGCCUCAGUGGUUCCUGCCCCAACGGCUGGAAGAGCAACAGCAACCUGCGCCAUUGCUACAAGGUGUUUCACUGGUCGCAAAUGGAUCAGAAACUGAGCUGGCUGCAGGCUCACUUGUUCUGCCGCAAACAUGGCGCCGACCUUUUGAGCAUCGGAAGCCCCGACGAGGAGCACUUUGUUCUCCAAGUCCUGCAUGAGACCUUUGGGGAAUCUGAGGACCACGACCAGCACUGGUUUUGGAUCGGUCUGAACCGCAGGAACCCGAUGGAUAACGGCAGCUGGAAGUGGAGUGACGGGCUGGCUGUCACGUACCAGAACUUCGGGCGCUACUACUACAACGUCCGGCAGUGCGCCGCAGCAGACUUGGGCUCCAUGACCUGGCUGGCCAUGCAUUGUGACAAUCAACUGGACUGGAUUUGCAAAAUCCCUCGAGGCAGUGUUGAGAAGGAACCAGAGGCCGCUGAAGGCACCACUUCGCCCGAAUGGAUCGGCUUUCAGGAAGCCGAAUACAAGUUUUUUGACCACCGCACCACGUGGGACCAGGCCCAGAGAAUUUGCUCAUGGUUCGAUUCAUCGCUGGCCUCCGUUCAUUCGGCGCAGGAAGAGAAAUUCCUGUCCAGCACACUCAACCAGAUGGUCAAGGUGGAGGGCGAUAACUGGUGGCUGGGACUUCACACUUUCGACAACGACGGACGCUUCCGCUGGUCCGAUCACUCUGUGCUCAACUACGUGUCCUGGGCUGCCAACAGGCCACGCCCCCUCAGUCGCGACCGCAGAUGUGUGCACUUGAUUGCGAGCAAAGCAGAGUGGGCUGAGCAGAAGUGCCACUCUGACCUCCCGUACAUCUGCAAGAGGGUCAACGUCACCGGCACCGCCCCUCCGACGCCAUCGUCCCCGCACCUGCCAUCGGGCUGCCCCGAAGGUUGGUCCUCGUAUCGGCGCAAGUGUUUCAAAGUGUUUCAAAGGGAGCUGCCGUCCCAGAGGGCCACUUGGUCUGCAGCCAAAAUAAAAUGUGAGCUGCAAGGAGGCGUCCUGGCCGUGGUGUCCAAUCAUUUGGAGCAAGCCUUCGUCACCACCUUGCUGUCUAACGUCACCGUCGACCUGUGGCUCGGCCUCAGCUCUGACGCCAAAGGUCACUUCCAAUGGGCGCAGCCGGGCCUACUCAGCUACACCAACUGGGCUCCAGGACAGCCGGUCGACAACAACGGGCCGCAUCACGACAAGAACCCGGGAAACUGCGUCUCCGCGAUUCACGGCAACCCGCAGAAGCACAAGGGCAUGUGGGCCUCACGGGCCUGCGAGACGGAAAGCCUCGGCUACCUCUGUCAGAGGCAACAAGAUCCAGGUAUGCCCGCGGCGCCGACUCUGAUUCCCGCUUCCCUGUCCAAGCGCUUGGAGCUGGGUGGCAUCACGUACCAGGUGGUGCAGAAGCGACUGGACUGGACCGGUGCCCUGCACCUGUGUAACUCCUUGAACGGGACCUUGGCGGCGCCCAAAGAUGCCGUCCAGCAGGCCUACCUGACCUUGCUCAUCAACAGCUUGCGACUGCCGGCAUGGAUCGCACUUUACAACUUUGGGGACCGAAGCUACACCUGGCUGGGCGAGGAAGACUUGCCCUAUUCCAACUGGGUGGACGGGCAGCCCAAUCAGCUGUCAGGCUGCGGUCACAUGACCACCUCCGGCCUGUGGACCAUGACCCCCUGCCACGCCAAAUUGGAUGCUGCCAUCUGUCAAAUCAGUGAUGCGCCAGACACUCACCAGUGGCUCUACCCGGGAAGUUGCCCCCGCUCGGUGGGCGACUGGGCCUGGGUGUCCUUCAGAAACCACUGCUACGCCUUUAACCUGCAAAGACUCAAACUGCAGCAGGACGCACGCUUGUCCUGCCAGAAAGUCGGAGCCGAGCUUCUCUCCAUUCUGGACGAGACGGAGAACGCCUUUGUGUGGGAGCACAUUCAGAGCUUGGCCGAGCAGGCCCACGGAGCUUGGCUGGGAGUCAGCGUCAAAGGCCGAGGUCUGGUGUGGGGCGAGGAAACGCAGAUGUCGUACACCAACUGGGAGUCUCACGACGUGGCCUUCUCCGUGCUCUCCCCCAACUCCUGCUUCUGGAUCCAGAGCAACAGCGGCCUGUGGAAGCCCGGAUCGUGCCGGAACCGAACGCACGGCGUCAUCUGCAAGCGGCCGAGAAUCAUCGAGUCCUCCAACGAUUUGCUGAGUGGCGACCACCUGCCCACGCUAAUUGUGGUGCUGGUGACGGGCGUGGUGCUGGUGGCACUGAUCGUGGGCGUCAUCUACCUGUACCGGCGGCGCGGCGGGGUGGGUGUGCGGGGGUCCUACGACGGCGCCCGCUACAGUCGCACGCAUUCGGGGCAGGGCGAGCAGGUGGAGAAGAACAUCCUGGUAUCGGACAUGGAGCUCAACGAGCAGCCCGAGUAGUCCCGCGACACUUCAGACUGGGCCAGACUGCAGCGGAAACCUUGAUUUUGUUGAAGCCAAAAAUAAACUUGAGAAAAAGAAUCCCCCUAAAAGUGAAAGGCUGUGUAGAGCGCAGCAGCAUCUCAAUUUUAAAGGCGACAUGCAAUACUCACAAAAAAAAAAAGUUUGGGAUAUUUGGCUUUUGGGUGAAAUUUAUGGAAAAUGGCAAAAGUUCACCACAACAACACAACAACAACAACAAAAAAGUCUCAAUAACUCGUCGUGUGCCCUUGAGCAUCAAUUACAGCCCUCCGGUCGUUGAGGUUCUGAGGGUGCUGAGUUUCGAGCCACAACACGGCGACUUUUUGUGAGUAGUGCAUGAUGCUUUUUUUUUUUUUUUUUUUUUUAAACUGUUCCCAAGUGUGUCUGUGACAUGCUUUCCUCAAAAUACACCAAGGAUUAACAAUUACAGCACACUUUUUA